CGCGUCCGCCCCGCAAAGCGCGUCAGCGCGCCGACGUUUGCGAGUGCGUGGCCCGCGGGGCCAGAACGUGGUGUGGACGUCGGACGUUCUUGUGGAGGGAGUCCGCGUCUUGCCCUCGUUCUGGGCGCGCGCUGGCUGCGAUUGUUGGGGUCACCGAGGAGAGUGAUUGCGCCUGAGAGCCCAGGGCCCACCACUCCCAGUCCUUCCGUGCCCAGGGUUAACCGCAGACCCUCCUCUUGGCAGCGUCCAGAGAGAAAAAUACCCAUCUUCCUAGAAUAUGGCAGGUAAGAAAGUGCUCAUCGUCUACGCGCACCAAGAGCCCAGGUCUUUCAACGGGUCCUUGAAGGACGUGGCGGUGGCUGAACUGAGCCGGCAGGGCUGCACCAUCACCGUUUCUGAUCUCUAUGCCAUGGACUUUGAGCCGAGGGCCACAAGGAAAGAUAUCACCGGUGCCCUCUCCAGCCCCGACUUCUUCAGCUACGGUGUGGAAGCGUACGAGGCCUGCAAGAAGAGGUCUCUGACCAGCGACAUAAUCGCGGAGCAGAAAAAGGUUCAGGAGGCCGACCUAGUGAUGUUUCAGGGCUUCUGUGGGGACCGGAGUGGACUCCAGGGAGACGGUGCUGCUGGUGUGUGGAAUCUGAGGAGCAGACUUCUCAGAACCUACCCCAGCCCGACUCCCAGAUGCGUGUCUCACCCCCGGGCGGGGAAACGGGCAGACUCUUUCCCACACCCUCGCUCUGGCCCCGUGGCUGGGGCUCAGCACCUCCCGGCCCGCUCAGUCAGCGGCAAGCAGUCGGGGACCGUCACGGGGGACGCAGCGCCAGCUGUGACAGCGACCAGCACGCUGUCGGCCCUGCCCGCCCCGCCGGCCGUCACCGCCACACCGCGCGCCUCAGAGAAGGGGGAGAAGCCUCCCCGUCGUGUUGCGGACACCUGCCUGCCGGGCCCGGGGAGGAGGCUUCCCCGAACGCCAGGCAGGGAGCGCGGAAGCGGCCCCAGCGCUCCCUGCCUGCCCCUCCCGCAGUUCCCGCUGUACUGGUUCAGCGUGCCGGCCGUCCUCAAGGGCUGGAUGGACAGGGUGCUGUGCCAGGGCUUCGCCUUCGACCUCCCGGGCUUCUACGACGACGGCCUCCUCAAGGGUAAACUGGCCAUCCUGUCCUUAACCACGGGCGGCACGGCCGACAUGUACUGGAAAACUGGAGCCAGCGGAGACUUCCGAUACUUCCUGUGGCCCCUCCAGCACGGCACGCUGCACUUCUGUGGAUUUAAAGUCCUUGCCCCUCAUAUCAGUUUUGCUCCUGAAUUUGCAUCAGAAGAAGAAAGAAGGGGGAUGGUGGCCUCCUGGGCGCAGAGGCUGAAGACCAUCUGGAAGGAGGAGCCCAUCCCCUGCUGGCCCCCCUGGUACUUCGGGCAGUGACCUCGGGGCCGUGCUGGGAGGUGCUGGUGUGUGUAAUAAACGACGGCACAACAGA